AUGGAUGGCAAAGUUUUAGCUUACCUCUCCGGUUACAAAGGUUUCGGUCGCAGUUUCAAUCGCAGCGUGCUAGCUAAUGAUGAACGUUUGCACCAGGAUUACAAGGAUGCACUCAACAACGGUUCUCUGCCCUGUAAUCGUCAACAGAUCAUCACCGUUGGUGACAAAGGUGUCGGGAAGACUAGUACCCUAAAGUAUCUACAGGGAGAAGUGUGUGAUCCUAGCGAGGAGCCAAAGGCAACGGAGGGGAUCGAAAUCACCCAGUGCGAGACAUCUGAGCAGAAGUCGGACUGGGUAGCCUGCCGUGAUGACGGAAGCCCAUCGUCAGCAGACGACCCAACUCUUUCCGCGGCUUGGUGUGUUUGUGAUAAUAUCGACAGCUUUGAAGGAAUUCUUCAACGCAAAGAAAAAGAUCGAGAGUCAACAAACGACAGCUCUGACCAACCACAAAACAGACCGAUGAAAGAUACCGCCUGUGAUGGCAUCAAUGGGGCCAAACAGGCUUUUCGGUGGAUCUGUAGAUCUGCCGUUACCGAAAUGCAGAUGGCUGGUUCUGCAAUUGUACUAUUUAUAAUCGCUUGCUGUUAUUUCCUGUUUGACUUUGGAGUACUGUGUUGGCUUGGUUUGAUUAUGUGUCAUGCAUUUUUUCUCAAGUCGGAUUUUAAUUCGGCGUACCGUUUUGUCAUCCCAAUCGUAUUUCAGAUCAUUGUUGUAGAAGCCACUAUCCGAGCGACAAAAUUCACUUCUGGCUUAGGAGUUAGUCGGCCCGAAGAUCGUGUAUGGGCGUUUGUUGUCGCGACAGUUUUGUACUCAGGUGUGUGUGGCAUAAGUACCUGUUUCGGUUUGCUGUGUGGGUUAGGGUGUAGAAGUGGUGUUGCCAUUGCACUCUGUAUCAUGACUCCGACUUCAAAGUCUAGUAUGUCUUUUGACAAGGAAGUACUUGUGUUGGCUAUUGGCAACUUGUGUGGCCCCCUCCUUGUACGAUUUGGCAUGAAGUUCGUUCAACAUAUGACCAGGAGUCUCAAAGAAGCUGCAGCGAGUUUCACUGUUGUCAUUUGUAUUGCUUUUACGUGGACUGGAUACUCCGGGAACCCGUACGUGCCCGUUUUUCUUUUGGGUGUAUUCAUGGGUUUUGGAAAUGCCUACGGAGUCCUGAAGGGUCGUGAAACUGUUGCUGUUAAGAAGCUUAUGCCCCCUUACGUUCUAAAAAAAGCCUUUGGCUUCGUCGUUGGAAUUAUAAUGGGGCACCUGAUUGGUUGGAGGCUGAUGUUUUUCAGCGAGACAUCCACAGCUUGCUCAAUGUUUCUUUCCACGUUAGCUGCUUUUGGGUUCCUAACAUACGACUUAUUAGUGGCCCAGAAGGUUGUACAAUUGGAAAAAAAUGCGAUCCCCAUUACAAUCUUUCGUAAGUUUCUGAUGGACUCUGCUACCGGUGACAACCCAGUUAGCUAUAAGUUGCAGUUAUGGGACAAUGCAGGAGGCAAUGUCUAUCAGACCAUGCAGCAGUUCUUUAGACCAGCAGAGGCUGUUUAUCUCGUGGUGUUCAAUCUGGAAGAUGCCAGAAAAGAUGAAAAGGAGCAGCACCAACGUUUACGACAGUGGCUCUUCUCACUGAAAGCUCACUCUGAGAGAAUCGCGAAGAACGAAAAGAUGCCGGAGUCUCCAGAACCGAACACCCUUGUUUUCAUUGUCGGCACUCACCGGGAUAGCGUCACGAGGGAAUUUAUAGACAGAUUCGCAGCUCAGAUAUACGAGUCUCUCUACACCGACUUCUGUAGUAUGUUAGCACUCAACGAUGAUAAGGGACCGCUGUACGUCGUAGAGAAUUCCAAACCGAUGGACAAAGACGGACUCCAUCUUCAGAAAUCUGUCACCACUAUGGCAAAGAAGACAUCUCACAUGACAGAGCACUUUCCCAUUCGAAACCUUCGUAUUCUGAACAAAAUACGAAAUAGGCAGGCAAGUUGCCCUCUGCCGUGGAUUAUAAGCACUUUUGACCUUCUGCAAACACUCGAGGAAGAAAACUUGAGUUUGGAAGACUUCCAUGAGGUCCUGUCAAGCUUACACCGCACUGGAGAUGUCAUAUACAGAGAGGAUGACGAGAUCCUUAAAGGAUAUGUCGUAAUUAGACCACAAGAACUCAUGGAUCGCCUGAAGGCAAUCGUUCGCAUUCCUCCGAGGGAAUCACGCAGCAGAAACCUAGCCGAUGACUGGUUAGAACUCGAAACAAAAGGCAUUGCCUCCAGGAAUCUCAUCCAGGCCAUUGCUGGUUCAGUAGAGACCAUCCUGGCCUUUUUACGUCUAAUGGAGGCCUAUAAUUUACUGAUACCUGCCUACUCGGGAACAACGCAUCAGGAACAAUGCACGGAAUCUUGCCAGUGUCUUCAAUCCGGUCAGCUUCCCGAUUACUGCAUCCUUCCAAGCCAUCUUCCAGACUUCACCGGGGACGAAGCAACAUUUUGGGUGCCUUCGGAAGAUGAUGAGGUGUACUACUUCGACUUCGCGCACGUGUCUCCAGACCCAAUCUUCCAUCGUCUGCUGGCGAAGUGCUGUUGCGGCAGGGAUAAUCACAAUCAUUUGUUUAAAACUAGAGGCCGUUUCAGGUACGAGGCAGCUGAUUUAUACGCCAUACAACUGCGAAAGGUAUCCCACUCACAGAACACCAUCCAAGUGACGAUCCAGCGUAGCGCCGUAAACAACCAGCGGAGUUUACAGGUCCUGCAACAUCUGCAAAAGCUUCUGGAAGAAAUCCGCCUGGUGGAUUUCUCUGGGUUGUCCUACUCCUGCGGGCCCAUCUGCUCUGAUUGCAGCUCCGAUGACUUUCUGAUGGUCCUGAGGGUUUGUGGUCACGACGAGGAGUUCCCUAUCACCCAAAUAAAGUCUUUCAUGAGUCAUGGAAAGAACCACGAGGUCUCUAUCACUCCUCAGCUGAUGGUAACCUGCGGAAGAAGAAGAAGAAGAACAAGCUCUUCCAACUCAUCACAGGGUGGUAAGUGA